UACCUGAGUGAGCCCUGCAACGCCAGGUGAGGCACAGGUCUCUCUUUCAGGUACCAGAUUGUGACGCAGUGUGAUUACUAAGCAUUUUCAUCACCACGUCCAGCCAAGACCAACCAACCAACCGGUGGUGGCUGACGAGACAGCUGUCAGAAACCAGGAUCAGGAGCUCCCUCGCCCAGCUCCUCGUAUCUUUUCCCAAGACAUCCCUAGACCUUCGACAAUCAAAUCGAUCGAGGCUGCCGCCGUCCAGUCUCUACCAUUGGCGCACCUUUGAUAUUCUCCAACUAGUCCAUCGAUACCGACAGACGCGCGUCAUCGCAGCGACGCGCAGCUCGCCUUUGCUAUCAGGCCUGCCGCCUGCGACCCUGCCGUCUGACAUGAACGAUCCCGAAUAACGUCCACACCAAAGAUGCAACUGAAGGAUCUCGCGCCUCGCGCGCUCCUGUCGCUCCUUGCGAUCACGCCGCAUCUCGCCUCCGCAUUCUACCUCCCUGGUGUAGCGCCGACCUCCUACAAGCCUGGCGACAAGGUCCCUCUUAACGUCAACAGCAUCAAGCCCGUCGCCUCGCCGUCCGAUUCCCGACUCCAUUCGGUCGUCUCGUACGAUUACUACCAUCCGGCCUUCCAAUUCUGCAAGCCCGAAGGUGGUCCCGAAUAUGUGUCAGAGAGCUUGGGCAGUAUUCUCUUUGGAGACCGCAUCAUGACCUCGCCGUUCGACCUGCGCAUGGCGCAGAACGAGACGUGCAAGUCUCUCUGCACAGUCGAAUAUCCGGAAAAGGGGCUGCAAUUCAUGAAGAAGCGCAUCAUGCAGGGAUACAGCAUGAAUUGGCUCGUCGACGGUCUGCCAGCUGGGCAGCAGAUUGUCGAUCAGCUCACUGGCACCACCUUCUACAGCCCCGGCUUCCUCUUGGGCCAGCGCGACAAGGACGCCGGUGUCCUCCUUAACAACCACUAUGAGAUAUGGGUCGAGUACCACUUGGUGAACAAGGACCCCAACCAGCUGCGCGUUGUCGGCGUGGUCGUUCAACCCAGCUCCAAGAAGUACGAUGGCGAACCCGACUGCAAGGACAAUCACGGCGGAAUCGCCCUUGGCGACACCGGCUCGCAGGAGGUCAAGUUUACGUACAGCGUGUAUUGGCGCAAGUCCCCGACGGCCUGGGCCACCCGCUGGGACAAGUACCUCCACGUCUUCGACCCCAAGAUCCACUGGUUCUGGCUGGUAGAUACGGCCAUCAUCGUGGUGAUCCUCAUCCUCACGGUCAUGUCCAUCCUGGUGCGCGCGCUGAAGCGUGACAUUGCACGCUACAACCGUCUUGAUUCGAUCAACCUGGACGAUCUGAAUGGAACGUCUGCACUCGAGGAGGACGGCGUGCAGGAAGACUCGGGCUGGAAAUUGGUGCACGGCGAUGUCUUCCGCACGCCCGCCCGACCAUUGCUUCUCUCCGUGCUUCUGGGCAACGGCGUGCAGCUAUUUGUUAUGACCGGCUGCACGAUUCUGUUCGCUCUACUCGGUUUCCUCUCACCCUCGAACCGCGGGUCCUUGGGCACCAUCACGAUCCUCAUGUACACGCUGCUCAGCUUUGUCGGUGGCUACGCGUCGGCGCGCACCUACAAGUCAUGGCAAGGCGAGCAGUGGAAGAUGAACAUUGCUUUGACGCCCCUGCUUGUCCCUGGCAUUGUCUUCUCGUCCUUCUUCUUCCUCGAUCUCUUCCUCUGGGCGAAGCAAUCGUCUGGCGCGGUGCCCUUUACGACCAUGCUCGUUAUCAUCGGCAUCUGGUUCGUCAUCUCCAUCCCGCUAUCUUUUGCCGGAUCCUGGCUUGGUUUCCGCGGCCCUGCCAUCGAGCCUCCUGUGCGCACGAACCAGAUUCCUCGGCAGAUCCCCCCGGCGCAGAGCUGGCUCAAGCCCGUCCCCAGCGUGCUCAUCGUCGGCCUGCUGCCGUUUGGCGCCAUCUUUGUGGAGCUGUACUUUAUCAUGAGCUCCAUCUGGUUCAGCAGGAUCUACUACAUGUUUGGUUUCCUGUUCCUCUGCUACGGUCUCAUGAUUGCCGUCGCUGCGUCGGUCACCAUCCUGAUGACCUACUUCCUUCUCUGCGCGGAGAACUACCACUGGCAGUGGAGAUCGUUCAUCGGGGCUGGAAUGAGCGGCGGAUACAUCUUCCUAAACUGCUUGCUAUACCUAAUCACCAAGGUGAAGCUUGGUGGACUGGCCGGCAUUGUCCUGUACAUCGGGUACAGCGCGCUCAUCUCGAUGCUCUUCUUCAUCCUUACUGGCUCUAUCGGCUACUUUGCGAGCUGGUGGUUCGUCCACCGCAUCUACCGGUCAAUCAAGAUCGACUAGGCUGCGACCGACCGCAGUUCGCUGAACACUGUACCAUACUGUAUCAUGGGCCGGCGUGUAGAGCAAAAAGCAACCCUCACGAGUUGGGGACUAGUAGAUCGCAUGAAACUCUGAAUAGACAUGAACCUUUUUAUUAUCACCCCAUGGACAUCCAUGUCUACUCCUCGUCGUCAUCAUCGUCAUCGUCCAAACUAGCAAACUGGAACUGCUUUGGUUCCUGCCUCGCAGGCGCAG